AGCAGUCCCUGAAAUAAUGCACUAUAAAACCAACACGUUGUGGGUAUGUUUAGAGCCGAUUAGAACGUUAGCACUCAGUUGUGAGCGCCGGAGGAACCUGGCAGUUCUGUCUUUGGGGCAUGUUUACACGAGGAGGUUAGCUGUUGGUCCCAGAGCGGAUGCCGUAACUGUUCAUGUUACAUUUGCCAGCGGCGGCAGCUUUUGUAAACCGUGUUACCAUGGAAAGUGAGCCGCUGCAAAUCACCAACACGGGCACUAACCUCACCGGUGUGCCGAAUUACCGCUGCUUUAUGUUUAAUUCGGACUCGGAGGAUUACAAAUGCGUCAUCAUCAUUGCAGUGAAGCGGGCUUCUGCUGCUUUCUCUCUCAUUGGAUGCCUCUUUAUGCUUCUUGUGAUAUGGUUAUUUCGGAAGUACAACUCUCUGGCACAGAAAAUGAUCCUGAGUCUGACUUUGGCUGCAUUGUUUGACAGUAUUGCCUAUCUAAUGGGAGAAGUUAUCCCAGAUGGUGCCCUGUGCAACUUCCAGGCCUGGUGGCUUACAUAUUUUGACUGGUGUUCCCUGGCGUGGGUUUGUUGUAUUACCAUCAACCUAUAUUUCAACUUGGUGAAAGAAACCAGAACAGAUCAUCUCGCAGUGGUGUAUUAUGUUGCCGCCUGGGGUGUGCCAUUUUUUCUGUCCUGCCUUCCACUCUUUGGUGAUUAUUAUGGCCCUGCUGGAGCAUGGUGCUGGAUUACAGAUGAGCAUGUUAUCUGGAGAUUUGGCAUAUGGUACAUCCCAUUGUUUGUCCUCAUCUUUUUGAUGAUGUCCUGCUACAUUCACAUAUUUUAUAUAGCCAAACAGAGGGUUUUAAUUUGGUCUGGCCCGUAUGAUCCUGAAAGGGAAAGAAGCAAGAUCUUAUUAGCUCUGGAAAUCAAGCCACUUAAGUGGUACCCAUCUGUAUACCUGGCAGUAUCCCUUUUCCCUCUUAUUAACAGGUUGCACAAUGCAUUUGAUCCUAACCAUCCCGUUUUUGUCCUGACACUCCUUCACGUUAUUACUGCUCCACUUCAUGGACUGGCCAAUGCAAUUGUGUUUGGGUUUGACAGAGAGACAUGGGGCCAGCUGAAUUUAACAGCUUUGCAGCUUGCUUUCCAGUCCAGAUUUUCUGAUACAACAUUGAUUAUGGAGUACCAGCCCGGGCCAGUGCGUUACAAGCCCCAUUUGGAAAGUGAUUCCUCAGACUCAUGUGACGAUGGCACAGGAGCAAUUUAUUCAUCCACCAUGACGUCUAGGGACAGGAGGCCCUGACAACAGAAACUCCCUUCAACUGAAUAUGUGCACUGUUGGACUCCUAGACAAAGGAAGAACCCCUCUGUGACAGUAGAGAUGAGCUGUCAACCUUCAUUAUUAAUUCUAGGCUCUUAAUAUUUAAUGUCAUAAAACUGGAACAGAAGCUUCAGAUUUACAGAAGAGGCAUCGUACUAAACACAAACACAUCAGUUAAAGAGAUUGUUCCUUUCAGCUGCCUCUUUUUUCUGUGCUUCAGACCAAAAAAAAUGAAGAAAACUAUUUGCAGUAAAUGUAUGUGAUAACCUAAGUGUAAGCAUUUAUAUAUUUUUCUGAAGACACUUUGUUUUAAAUAUGUUUUUUUAAAAACAAAUUAAGUAUGAACCCUUUUCAUACAUAACAUCCUCAAUUUAGUAGGUUAAGCAAUCUGGUUCAGAUCGUGGAGCAAAUUAUGUUGUGAAACUAUUGUGUCUGUCCUUAUAUAGCACUCUGCAGGGAAAACAGGCUGUUUGUGGGGGUGGGGAAGGGAGAGAGGAAAGCAGAAGAAAGUUGAAAAGAAUAAUUGCAGAACCCUUAACAGAAAACAGUGACAAGAGGUGGAAGGCCAGAACUACUACUUCACUUCUCAAAAAUGUUUAUAGUUUUAUUUUAACAUAUGUUACUUAUGGUGCCAGAGUACCGAAGAGAACUCUUCAGAGACAAAAAAAACAUUACAGAUAUCUAAAUGUUCAGGGCAACAAGACUCUAACUUAUUUGCUCAUUUUAAUUUAGUAAUGUUGGCAUGUGUCAAUUCUUGAUAUUUUAUUCAUAUAAAAUUAUUGAACGUGCUACUUUUAAACUGAAGAUUUCCUUUAAAGAGCAUUAUAGUGUUGUGGCUGGAAAGGUCAAAACAACAUCCAUUAGAACCAUUCUUCAUUUGACUGCGCUAGUUUUGUUACAGUGUUUAUAGAAAAUAUAGAUAACAUUGCUUUCUUGGUUCCAAUUGCUCCAAGGCAUAUUUUUAAAAAUCUACGCACAAUUUAACCUUGCAUUAAAAAAAAGCAAUCAAUUCCAUUAUGCAGAGAAAUUCUGCACUCUGGUUGUACAAAAACAAAAUAUUGCUGAUGCUGGAAAUCUGAAAUAAAAACAGAAUAUCCUAUUAACACUAAGCUGCUGAGACUGCAGUAGUAGAAUACUAGUAACCUUACUUUGUGAUGAGCUAGCACCACUCAAGAAGCAUUAAGUGAGAAUUCAUCUCAACAUUUUCAUUCCAUCCCUGUGUUUGUAAUCUAGCCCAUAACUGUUCAUCAAUCAAGCCUGUAUUUGCUGAUCUAUUAAGCAGCACCUUAAUUUUAAAUCCCUCCCUAGCACUGAAUUCAUCCCCAGCUUUAUUACAUACUCCUCCAGAGUCGUUUCUUAAU